UCGCCUUGAAAUACGGCAUUCCUGCCUGCGUUCUGGACCUCAGGUUGACCGUCCAUUCUCCCACCUUCAAGGGGCUAGUUGAUGACAACUUGUGUUAAAUCGCAAAUUGACUGCCGUGUUUGAUUUCAAAGCAAUCCGAAUUACUUGCCUAUACUGGCAUUGCAUGAUUAUCAAUCAUCGAGGUCAUCCCCUGCAAAGUUGCAGUCUCUCUCUCCAUGCCUCCAUCACCAAAGUCCCUAGGCUGCUGCACCACUGUGCAAUUGGCCAUGCAGCUUACGCCUUUUCCGUUUUGCAAAUCUACUUAUCACCGAGCAACAGCUAUUGGAGGUACUUGGCCGACUCCAAUAUGCGCUAUAAAAGCAUCAAGGUUCUGCGUUGAGCCUGCUCUCGAGUGUUUCGAUGUUAGUCUUGAUAUGCAUCGUGUGUGACUCUUCUUUAUAAGCUCUCAGCAACUGGCUCACUGAUUGAUUUUCUCGUCACGCUACGCUAUGGAUAUCCCUCUCAACGAAGCCAGGGUGGAAACUCCGCAAAGUUUACCUUCCCGCAAUGUCUCGGUAGCCAAGAGUGUCACAGUCAUCGUCACCCUCGCGGGCAUCAACUUCCUCAACACCAUGGGUUCCGGGAUCCUGAUUGCCGCCCUCCCCCGCAUCGCCUCGGAUGUUGGUCUCGACGAGAGCCUGAUGCUCUGGCCCGCGGCCGUCUACAGCCUCGCCGCUGGGUGUCUGCUCCUCAUCUUCGGCGCCGUCGCCGACGUCGUCGGCGCCAAGCUCAUGUGGGUGGCGGGCAGCUACCUCUGCGCCGUCUUCACCGUCGCUGUGGGCCUGUCACAGACGGGGAUCCAGAUCAUCGUGUUCCGCACGUGCAUGGGCAUCUCCAUAUCCGCGUGCCUACCAACCACCAUGGCCUUCAUCACCAAGACGUUCCCCAAGGGCGGGUGGCGCAACGUCGCGUUCUCGAUGAACGGCAUCGGGUUUCCGCUGGGGUACGCCCUCGGCUUGGUCCUGGGGGGCAUCUUCACGGAUACCAUCGGUUGGCGGUGGGGGUUCUACAUGAUGGCCAUCAUCAACUUCUGCCUGUCGACGGCGGCGAUCUGGUCUCUCCCGUCCGUCUACCAGCCUUCAGAGAAGAGGUGGACUCGCCGCCUGGCCGAGGACAUUGACUGGAUUGGGGCCGUCAUCAUGAGCGUUGCUUUGGGCCUCCUGCUAUAUGUACUGGCAAUGACAACAUCCUCUUACACCAAGAUCGGUGACCCGGCAAACAUUGCUCUCCUGGCACUGGCGGUCGCUUUGCUGGUUGCGUUUCCCUUCUGGAUGAACCGGCAGACCGUAAAGGGCGGCCCGGCACUCAUUCCUAACCGUCUGUGGCGAAAUGCCUCGUUUACUUCCAUCUGUGCUGCCAUCUUCUUAUCCUGGGCCUCACUCAACGCCAUACAGUACUUCAUCAUGUUCUACUUCCAAAAAGUCCAAGGCAUCUCCGCGCUGCAGAGCUCCCUGCGAUUCCUCCCACACGUCGUCAUGGGCGCCGCCGUCAACGUGGCGGCCGCAUGGCUCGUCUCUAGGGUAAAGGUCCAAACACUAGGCGCCGUGUCGGCGGUCAUCACCGCCAUCGCUCCGCUCCUAAUGGCCACGGUCGAUCUCGAUGGAUAUUACUGGUUUGCGCCAUUCUGGGCCAUGAUCCUCUCGCCCGUCAACGCAGAUGCCCUCUUUACAGUUUCGAACCUCAUCAUUUCAGACGCCUUCCCGGCGGAUCUGCAGUCUCUCGCCGGCGGUGUUUUCAGCGAGAUCGGGCAGAUUGGCAACGCCGUUGGCCUCGCCGUGACGGCGGCCAUAGCGGCGUCCGUGACGGAGCACUCGGGCAUCAUCGGUCGCGCCGAGGAGGCGCGCAUGGCGGGCUACCGCGCCACGUUCUGGACCAUCUUUGCCGCCACGGGGGCGGUGCUCGUCAUUGUGCUUUGGGGUCUCAGGAAGGGCGGCAUGGUCGGGAAGAAGGAUGAGUAGGCGAAGGGUGGUGCCACGCUAGCGCGAAAUCUUGGGCGGAUAGGGUUUUAGAGGAUGAGACCGCCGCUCCCGCAGUCUGAUUUCUAAACGCACGUCUUUGGAGAGUUUUUGUCGGUUUGAAAUUACAUGGCAUGACGUCCUAUAAAGGGAGUGGUUGACAUAUUGGUGUCCUGACCAGGAAACUUUCUGGUUCUUAGUCCAUUCUAUAUGUAUGUAAUUAGCGUUCUUGACCAUGGACGGCAGGAUUGCAGCAUGCCUCGCGUAGGCAAAGUUACCAUCUGGGACGUGACAAUGACCUAGCGUUUCUCUCGAUCGUUAAUGGAAGGCCUUUCAGUUUUGUCUGAUGUCGGCCCAGCAUUGGGGUUCGGGUAUAACUAGCUCAUUCGGGCGACACUGGACUCAUCCGAUGUCUUACGCACGCU